AUGACAUCAUUGGCCACUGUGAAGCUUCAGGGCCUCUAUGAUUGGGUUCUGACCUUGCCUACUCAGCAGCCUUAUCCUGACCUAGUGGGUGUCCCUGGGGACUCUGGUUCUUUCCAGCCUCUCUGUGGGCCUGCUUCUGCUCCUGCCCCUCGUGAUGGGCCAGCAUGGUUCCUGUCCUGUGGCCACCAUGCCGUCCAGCCAGGCUUGGCCAGCCUAGUUCUGCUGUCCCCAGUACCUACAUCUCUUGCCAGGCUCCCCACUGUGGACGAGGCUCACUCUCACCUCUCUGUGCACAGGCUGACAGGCAGCGAGCCCUUGACCAUCCUCCCACUGACCCUGGAGCCAGAGGCGGCUGCCCAGGCACACUACAAGGCCUGCGAUCGGUUGAAGCUGGAGCGUAAGCAGCGGCGCAUGUGCCGCCGGGACCCAGGCGUGGCCGAGACACUGGUGGAGGCAGUCAGCAUGAGUGCGCUUGAGUGCCAGUAUCAGUUCCGCUUUGAGCGCUGGAACUGCACUUUGGAGGGCCGCUACCGGGCCAGCCUGCUCAAGCGAGGAUUCAAGGAGACGGCCUUCCUCUACGCCAUCUCCUCAGCUGGCCUGACACAUGCACUGGCCAAGGCAUGCAGCGCGGGACGCAUGGAACGCUGCACGUGUGACGAGGCACCCGACCUGGAGAACCGUGAGGCCUGGCAGUGGGGCGGCUGUGGGGACAACCUCAAGUAUAGCAGCAAGUUUGUCAAGGAGUUCCUGGGCAGGCGGUCAAGCAAGGAUCUGCGAGCCCGCGUGGACUUCCACAACAACCUCGUGGGUGUGAAGGUGAUCAAGGCUGGAGUAGAGACCACCUGCAAGUGCCACGGCGUGUCAGGCUCAUGCACAGUGCGGACCUGCUGGCGACAGCUGGCACCCUUCCAUGAGGUGGGCAAACACCUGAAACACAAGUAUGAAACAGCGCUUAAGGUGGGCAGCACCACCAACGAAGCCACUGGUGAGGCAGGAGCCAUCCCCCCGCCACGGGGCCGGGCUUCAGGGAUGGGUGGCAGUGACCCGCUACCACGCACACCAGAACUUGUGCACCUAGAUGACUCUCCCAGUUUCUGCUUGGCUGGCCGCUUCUCUCCAGGCACCGCUGGCCGCAGAUGCCACCGUGAGAAGAACUGUGAGAGUAUCUGCUGUGGCCGUGGCCACAACACACAGAGCCGUGUGGUGACAAGGCCCUGCCAGUGCCAGGUGCGCUGGUGCUGCUAUGUGGAGUGCAGGCAGUGCACACAACGUGAGGAGGUCUACACCUGCAAGGGCUGAGCCCCUGGAGCUGACCAGCACUGCCAUGUGGAGUGCGGACAUUGCACACAAUGAGAGGGGUCUACACCUGCAAGGGCUGAGCCCUUGGACUGGGCCAGCACUGUUGCAUGGGGUACAGGCAUUGCACACAGUGAGGGGGGCCCAUGCCUGCAAGGGCUGAGGCCCUGGAGCUGACCAGCACUGCUGCGUGGGGUGUAGGCACUGCACACUGUUGGAGGGGUCAAUAUAUGCAAGGGCUGAGCCCUAGGGCCAGGCUAGUGCUGCUGUGUGGGUACAGGUAUUUCACACAGGGAGAGGGAUUUCACCUGCAAAAACUGAAGGGCACCCCUAGCAUGUUGGGGUACACAGCUGAGGCAAGGGGCCUGGGGUCCUCUGGGCUGGCUGUCUAAGCCCUUUUGUUUCCUCUCUCAGGGGCCCAGAGGCAGAGCUGACUCUGGACUGGCCUCCCCACCCACUCUGCUUGUGCCCUGGGCCUCAGCUUCUCCCGACCCGAGAGCGUUGCACCAAUGCUUUCUGAGCUUUCUCCCACCCCUAAUCUGCCAGACCCCAGGGAGGAGCACUUGGAGGUGCUGCUGCCUCCUCCCCAGUCUGUUGACUGCCCCUCCCUGCCUCUGAUCUCCCUCUAAGGCGGGGAUGGUGGGUGCACCUUUGUGACCAUGUGGCCUCUGUGUGGGCUGCCCAUGGGGGACAAGCCUGGCCCAGGCUGUCCCAGCACCAGCACUGUCUUCAGAGAGUCAAACCACUAGGAGAGUAUGCAGCCUGCACUGUCCCUAGGGCCCGGCCGCCAGUUACCUGGGCUCAGGGAUACUGCCAUCCCUCUCUAACGUUGAGCACUUCUCUUUGGAGUGAAUAUCAGUGACUUUUAAAUUAUUAUUAUUAUUUAACUAAUAUAAUAAUUAUUAUUUUCUCUGUUCCCGCCAUCUCCCAGGCCAUCUGUCUUGGCUGAGCCUCUGUCUGAGAAGGCCCCUUCUUUCCUCCUCCACAUACUCCCUCCUAACCCUGUUUGCCUCUGAUCUGCUUGGUCGUUUAAAACCACUAAAUCAAGGUAGUCAUUGUUAAAGAAAGAAAGAAAGAAACUGUGUCUGGCCAUAGACAUCAGGGCUUCUGAAGCCAACUUCCUCUGUGCCAACAGGGCAAUGCUGUGUGGCUAUCCAGGUGCCCCCAGUCACCUAAGUCCCUGCUCUGCACCCCAUGGGCAGAUGGCCCUGGAUCCGGGUUGCUUGAUGUAGAUUCUAGGGCUGGGGGGUGGUAGAAAAGUGGGCAUGAUGAGGGAUCAGGGCCAGCCCUCUUGAACAGCUCAUUUCCCGAGGGAGCCACACUUGCUCAGUGUCACUAAGAGGAGGCAACGUGGGGACAUAGGUAGUGGAGAGAGUUUCCAGCUAGGAUUUGGCAACAGAAUACCUUUCUUUUGGGCUGUGCUGUUGUCUUUUCAGGGGGAAGGGUGACCUACACUGACCUGGUGUGGUUUGAGUGUGUGUGUGUGUGUGUGUGUGUGUGUGUGUGUGCGCGCAUUUGUGAGCGUGCAUGUGUGCACAGCAUGUGUAUGUGUGUGCCUGCUAUGCUGGUGUGGUCAGUGGGCAGCUGGGCUGUGCCCUUCCUCAGAGCACCUUGCUGUGGCUCUUCUUCCCAAUUCAGUGUGAACAGCAGCCUUUGGCUCCCAGAGCCUCUGGCCAUGGGCUCCUUCUGGCCCCUGCCUAGUGCGUGUGGGCUGGGGUCUAGGUGGAUUGCAGGUGUGGAUGGGAACUACUGAGUGAGCAGGUUUCUUGGAGCCCCAGGAUCUCCAGGAAGCUGGGGGACUAUUUCUAAAAGAAAAUCUAUUUAUGCUGAUGUGGGUCUUUGUUGUCCCUGUUAGGUAGUGUAAAUAGUAACCUUUAUUCUCCUGUGGUUCAGAGAACAUCCCCACCAAUUAUCACAUGCUGAGAGGGCCAUGCAGGAGUUUCAUUCCCAGAAAGGGGAUCUGGGUGGCAGUGGACGAUAGCUGUCAGCAGGAGGACCUUGGGUUUGCUCCUCAGUUUUCUGCAGAUCUGGCUAGAGGGGGUUGAGGUGGGCUGGCGAGCUGGAGGAGGAGGUGCAUCCAUGCUCUUUCUAAAUGUCCACACUCUCCUCUGGAGUCCCAAGUGGCAGAGCCGGCCAUGCUUUCAUGACAAGACUGUAGCUCAGUCACUAUUGGGUCUGUGGAAAGGCGUCAGGUCAGAGGAAGGAUAUUUUUUUAUUGAAUACCACAUUUAGCUCUAUGUCAUAAAUAUUAAAAAAUAUUUUUUUAAACAAGGCAGACUGAAAAUGUCUGCUGGCUGGUUUGUUUCUACAUAAAUAUAUAUUAGAAUGUCUUGCUAAAUGAAGAAGCAACUCCUGACUGCUGGAGCCUUAUUUAAUGUGCUUUUCUUCCGUGUGGCAGAGUAGAAGAAAGUGUUCUGUGGUGGGGCAUGGAGUGAGCAGGGGUCCUCUAGUCUCCUUGGCCACCGGCAUGUUGCAGCAGUGGCCAUGCUGCAAUGCCAGGUGGUCCCAGCCACCUCUCUCUACUGGCUACCACCAUGGGGGGACCUGGACUCCAGGGCCUGCUGCUGGCCCUGAUCAGGCAGGGGCUGGGGAAGAGGGAUGUCGACACACAAAGAACCCUGAUGUUUGUGUUCAGUCUUGUGUGAGCCUAUUGAUUUCUCUACCUCAUCUGUGUAGUGAGUAGGUGUGUACCCGAGUGACUGUGGAGAAUGUAUUUAUUUAACAGCUUUGUAUAACAAAACCAGAAACAAAUGAAACACUAAAUAAAUGUAUUUUAAAUUAU